CACACCAUCAUGCAGCAAUAUAGGCGAUGUUGGGGCCCACAGAACUUGGCUGGCGCCGCAGGGGCAGCGCUUUUCUUGAUGCUGGUGCUUAGGGCUGCCACUCUACGCACCAGUCCGAGCACUGAACAGCUGCCAGCUACCGACACCAAGGGACAGGCAGCGGCAGCAGGUGGCUGGCCUAAAGUCAAGACAAUCAGCGAGCGCAAGACCUUGUGGGAGGUGCCUGCCAGCCCCAAGGGCGUGCUUCUGCUAUGCCACGGCUGCAAUCACCAGGGCAGCGAUUUCUGGCCCGCCUCCGAUCGCUGCCAGGACUGCCUGGGACUGCCUGGCGAGGUCACCCUUCGGACAGCGGCCAUCAAGCACGGCUACGCCGUAAUUGCGGUGACCUCCAUUGACCGCUCCUCCAAGUGUUGGUCUGGAGAGGAUCUCAAGCCAGUCACGGAGAUUGUGAAGGCUGUGGUGGAGGAGGAGAAGCUUGGCAGCCUGCCGCUCUUCCUCUGGGGCGGGUCCAGCGGCGGUUCAUUCGUGCAGAUGCUGCCAGGCCUGAUGCCCGAAGUGAAGGGCGUGAUUGCGCAGAUUGCGCCCGCCAGCCCACAGGAGUUUGAUGUAGGCAAGGGGCGCACCUACCCGCCCAUUCUGUGGGUGCAUAUGGCCAAGCGCGACCAGGCCACAGCCGGCAGCGUGGCACAGGCGCUGAAGAUUUGCAAGGACAAGGGUAUCCCGGCGGACGAGAUCAAGGUCGACCCGCAGCCGGUGACGCCGAAGUUCCUGCAGCAGUCGCCACAGAUCAGCGCAAAGCUGGCAGCCUCCAUCGUGGACACCCUCAAGGAGCGCAGCUUUAUCGAUCAGGAUGGCUUGCUGGUGGGCGACCCGCGCCGCAGCGCCUGGCGCGACUUCCUCAAGCCCAUUGUGGGGAAUGCCAACCUGCAGCCUGACGUAGGGCACCUUCCAGAGCUUCUGAACACGGCCUUUGCUGCUCAUGAGAUAAUCAGCGACAACGCCGAGGCGUGGUUCAAGUGGCUUGACGCGCGCGGCAAGAAAAGGGUGGCGGAGUUCCUGCCAGGCUAGCCGCCGGAGACGAUUUCCACCUUGCCUAUUUGCUGUGCAGAGUACACUAUUUCUGUAACCCUAAUUCUGU